AGUGUUUGCGCAGGUUUGCAGGAAGCUUAUGCUAAUAAAUAAAAUAACAAGAGAAAAAUGACAUUAAGGAAAGUGAACAUUUCCAUCCUUAUCGUGGCUGUUGUCAUAUUUUUGCUAGUUCUUCAUCAUAACUUCCUAGGCCUCAGUGACUUCUUGAAACGGGAAUUGUCAGAUUCAAAUCCAUUAGGACUUCAGCCUAUAGAUUUCAUACCUGCCGUUCCCCAGAGGCUGGCAGAUGAAAGGAAUGAUAAGGAGAUUUCUGUGGUCAUUGCAGCAUCAGAUGAGAGGCUUGGGGGUGCAAUUGCAGCCAUGAACAGUAUUUACCGUCACACCAGAUCCAAUGUGGUUUUCCAUAUUGUUACUUUGAAUGAUACUGUGGAUCACUUGAGGCUGUGGCUAAGUAACACUGCUCUGAAAAAUUUGAGAUACAGAAUUUUGGAUUUUGACCCUCGUGUCUUAGAAGGGAAAGUACAAGUGGAUCCUCAAAAGGCAGACACCUUAAAACCAUUAACCUUUGCAAGAUUCUACUUGCCUAGUUUGGUACCUCAUGCAGAGAAAGCCAUCUAUGUGGAUGAUGAUAUAAUAGUGCAAGAUGAUAUUCUUGAACUUUACAACACUCCAUUGAAACCUGGACAUGCAGCUGCAUUUUCAGAUGAUUGUGACUCAACAACUAAUAAAGUUGCUGUCCGUGGAGCAGGCAAUCAGUAUAAUUACAUUGGGUUUCUAGAUUACAAAAAAGAAACCAUCCGAAAGCUUGCCAUGAAAGCCAACACCUGCUCUUUCAAUCCAGGAGUUUUUGUUGCCAAUUUAACAGAAUGGAAAUUACAGAACAUCACUAAGCAAUUGGAGAAGUGGAUGGCACUUAAUGUAGUAGAGGAACUUUACAGUAGGACUCUGGCUGGCAGCAUCACGACACCUCCACUGCUAAUUGUAUUUUACAAGCAACAUUCCAGUAUUGAUCCCAUGUGGAAUGUCCGGCAUCUCGGGUCUAGUGCUGGAAAAAGGUACUCUCCUCAGUUUGUGAAAGCUGCCAAGCUGCUCCAUUGGAAUGGACAUUUCAAACCAUGGGGAAGAACAGCUUCAUAUGCUGAAGUCUGGGAGAAAUGGUAUGUCCCUGACCCUACAGGCAAGUUCAGCCUGAUCCGCAGACAUUCAGAAGCCUAUGAAGCAAAGUAGAGUCGAUUUUAGUAACUGAUGGCAUUUUCUCAGGAAGCUUCUGGAGCCAAGCAGAACUUUUUUUUAGCCAACUUGUAUUACAGAGCAGUCCUGGCCUUCUGGAGCACAAGGUGAUGCACUUAAUCAGGUGCAGUUCUGAAAGGCACAGGUCCAAAGGAGACUCACUUCACUUGUGUGACAGAAGAUGCUACUCCAGCAGCACUAGAGAAAGCAAAGGAGGAUCUCCACAAACUAGCACGUUUGUUAGUUCAUUUCUGUCUGUUGUGUGUUUUGCUGCUCUUUACUACAAGUCUUCUAGAAGGAGGAUCAUUUUGUCAGCUACAGAAAGAAACAGUUUCUAAAAACAAGAUACAACUUCAGCUGGUGCUUGCACCAUGCAAAUCUUGCACAGCAAUGUACUGUUAAUUAAGAGCUGCUUGGGUUUUGUUCUUUUGUUUUGUUUUCUUAUCCUGUGAAAUAGUUUCAUCAACAACCCUUUCUUGCAUGAAAUCUCCUUCCAACCAUUUCUGUGUAAGUCUUUCUUGCAGAAUUCUGCAAAAUCGAAUCUUGUUUUUUUGGAAGAUGAAUUUUUCAAGUAUUAUUUCACUAUGCAAAGUGGUUUUAACUGCCAGUGAACACUAAAGCAUUUUUUGGAAAGUGGUGGAGAAAACUUUGUUCAAAAAUAAAAGCUAAUUUUAACAUGUUGA